UGCUUUAUAACGCUGCUACGCUCCCAAGAUCAGAUUCACGCGAGGACCGCAGGCUUGAAAAGCUAAUGGAAUUAACUCAGCGCGUUGUGGAGUUCAUACACACGCCGAUCAGACGCCAUGCUUCCACGGUCUCCAGCUCACUGUUUCAGGCUGUGAACGACCUCCUCGCCUAGAUGACCUUUAUGACGCUACGCUAUGGAAGACAGCGCCAGGAGCUGGUCUUCCCUGUAGGAUGGUAGCGCACGGCGCCGUGGAAGACACGUCAGGCACUUCAGCGGAUCGCCGAGCCCCGCACUUGCACACAGAAAACCACACUCACUUCCGGUCUUUCAGGAGUGAGAGCGACUUCAAAACCAUCGUCGAGACCACAUCCAUGCUGGAGGAAAGCGGAUUCUACUGGGGGCCAAUGACGGUCGAAGAAGCCCACCAUAAGCUCAAAAAGGAACCUGUGGGAACUUUCCUGAUCCGGGACAGCCAACAGAGGGACGUUUUCUUUACACUGAGCUACAGGGCUCCUCCAGGGCCAGUCAGCGUUCGGAUACACUUCCAGAGCUCGCGCUUCAGUCUGAUGGGGAGCAAGGAGUCGUUCGAUACGCUCUUCCAGCUGCUGGAACACUACUCCAGCUCGACAAAGAAGAGCCUGCUUUGUCCGUACAGAAAGCAGCGUGUACGCUCACUGCAGGAACUCUGCCGCAAACAGAUUAUGGAAACGUCCGGAGCGCAGGCUAUUGAUCAGCUUCCGGUCAAUUCCAUCGUCAAAGACUUCCUCCGCUCUUUUCCGUAUCGGCUCUGAAGGCUCGGACGCAUUAACGCACCGCUACGGAAACAUGCUUGCCAUACUUGACGGUUCCGAACAGGCACUUUGUAGCACAUUUUGGAAUGACUUGAACAGUUGAAAGUUUACAACGUCGUUGAAUGUUUACACUAUUAUGCAGGGGCCUUGAGUGUUUCCUGUGAUUCUAUUUUUGCUGUGCAAAAACAUCCAUUUCUCUACCAGUAUUUUUAUAGUAAUAAUAAUAAUAAUAAAUGUAUUUUUAAACCAUUGAAAAA